AUGCUCCCCCUCACUCCGCCCCGUGGCCAGUUGCUCAUUUUCUUUCUGUUCUUGGUAAACACUUGUGCCAGCGGUCUUGCGCUCUUUUAUUUUCUUGUCGCUUGGGUUCUGAGAACCGCGGCGAUGUUUCAGCGGCUUCGCGACGCCAUCGACUCUCGCAUUGCAGAGGAACAAGCCCGCCAAAAGUCCGCCCAAGAUAACAUAUCUCGCUCCGGUUCCAAUCGCCGUCCAACCGCUCGCAAUCAAUCCCCUAGUCGGCGCUCUCGCAACACCGGCAUCCCCGUGAGAGGACCCGACCCUAAGGAGUUCGAGGCUGAGUUCGCCAUCGGUGACGACGAUGAAUCUAGCAAACCCGGAACUCCUAACACAGACAAACCCGAAGCAUCCUCGGAGGUAGGCGAAGGAGAGACAGCGGAGAUGGCGGAAGGUCAGACGGCGGAAACGUCCGAGAAAGCGACGUCACAGGAAACGGAAGCUAAGGAGACCCCGACUGUGCUCCCGCCGGAUGUUCGUGCGAAACUUCGACGACUAGAUAAAUUGGAAUCUAGAUAUCAUGAAUUACUCAAGGCUUAUCGCUCCGCGCACUCGCGCGUCCUCUCCAUUGAGCCCUUUGAAGCUGCCCUGCGCGAGAAUACACCGCUUACCUCGAUCGCGGAACCAAAAGCAUUCACGGAAUACCUCAGUCAGACGACCCUGAAGAGCGACAUGGUCAUGGAAGAGCUGAAGCGUGUCACCGGAGAAAGAGAAGACUUCAGAAAGAAGUUCGAAGAAGCACAGCAGGCCACAAAGGACGCCCUCGAUGAGCUGACGGGCCUCAAGAAGGACACCCAACCGGAGACAAAGACCGAAACAAAGAAGGAAGCAGACGAAACUGGGGAAGAGACGAGUGAGGAGUUCUUCUCGUUUGACAAGGAAGUUCCCCGCUUGGAAAGCGAGCUUAAGGGGAAGCAAGAAGAGGUCGAUAGCCUCAAAAUCGAAGUCGAGAAGCUGAAGGGGGAUAUCCUUGUUACUCGCGAGUCGACCGAAGGUAUGGUGCAGAACCUGGAGACAGCCACCCGCGAGCUUGUUGAGUUACGCGAAACCAAAGACAAGCUCGAUAGUGAGAUUGAAACUUUACAAACCUCCAGGAAGGCUGAGGUCGAUGACCUGAAGGAAAAGCUAGCAACUGCAGGCUCCUCGCUCGAAUCAACAGCCUCUGAGGUCGAGAAACUUAAAUCACAACUCAAGGAGAAGAACGAGGAAAUUGAGAAACUCCAGAAGCAGAACUCCGAGAAAGCUGGAUCUGAUUCAGACGUCGCUGCUCAGUUGGAAGCGGCCAUGGAAGGGAAGAAGUCCGACGAGCAAAAGCUUACUGUGCUUCAAGGCUUAGUUGACAGUCUUCGGUCUCAACUUAAAGACACUGAAUCUACCGUCUCGGACCUAAGGACCGAAAUCAAGGAGAAAACUGAAGGCUCAGCUAAAGUCCAGGGCAUGUUCGACCUUGUGGAUGAGAAAUUGAAGGAAAAUACUGCUUGGAUAUCUGUGAAGGAGAAGAUAUUCGCCGGUGAUAAAGCCGAUUUCAGCGAGGUUAUCCAAAGCCUGACACCGGCCAAGGAAGAUCCCACUCCUACUCCUGCUCCCGCCCAAGAGGAGACACAAUCUGCUCAAGCUACUGGCGGUGGCAGCAGUGCAGGAAAAAAGAAGAACAGGAAAAAGAAGAAGGGUGGCAAGGCAGAGGAAACUCCGAAGCCGGUCGAUACAGCUACUACCGAGCAGGCGCCCGGUGAGACGUUGGUUCCAGCCACGGAACUGGAUGAACUCAAGCAAAAGAUUGAAACCCUUACACAUCAACUGUCCGACAAAGAGGCCGCGAUUGAGCGUCUCAGUUCUAAACUAAAGGGCGAAGAUGAUUUGAAGGAGGAGAUCGAAUCCUUGCGCGACGACCUUGUCAGCUUGGGACAAGAUCAUGUAACAGCCAAGGAGAAGAUCAAGGAGCUUACAGCAGAGAAAUCUGCAAUUGAAGGAACUAUCAGCAAGCUCGAGAAGGAACUGGUGGAUCUUCGCACCAACAAUGCUUCUACCUCAGCCGACUCGGAGAAGGACCGCAUCUCUCUCAAGGAGGAGUUUGAUAACCUCAAGACCCGCUCAGUUACCUUGGAGACCGAUCUUUCCGCUGCCCAGCAGCUGGCUGCCACUCGUUUCAAAGACCUCACAGACCUCCGUGAGACUCUCCAGAAGAUUCAGCCGGAGCUGCGCAGCCUGCGGGCUGAGUCCUCGGAGUUGAAGACCUUAAAGGAAACCCUCACCAGCAAGGUCUCCGAGUUGAAGGCCCUGGAGGGCAAGCAUGAGGAUCUACGUGCUGAAUUGAAGUCAGCCACGGCCCAGAUCUCAGAACGUGACACAGAAGUGGGCAAUCUCAACAAGAAGAUCCGGCAGGAGACGGACAGCAGAUUGAAGACCGAGGAGAGUCUCGCUGUUGCCCAGUCUAACCUGCGUUCUGCCGAGAGCAAGAGGCAAGACGCUGUCAAUGCCAGGGACAAGACCGCUAGCGACCUAUCCAAGUCCCAAGAGGCGCUGAAGGGGCUCCGCGUCAAGAACCGGGAGUUGGAGGAAGAAAUCUCCCGGCUGACGAGCGAGGUUGGAAGCCUCCGAGAUGAGGUCCAGCUAAAGACAGCCCAGUACAGCAGCGCUCAGAGUCUGAUGAACAGCAUGCGCGACCAGAGCGCGGAACUUGCAAUGCAGAUGAAAGAGGCUCGUGAGCGAUGCGACAGCCUCGAGGAAGAAAUGGCUGACGCUCACCGUUUGCUGAGCGAGCGAACACGCGAAGGCGAGACCAUGCGCCGCCUGCUCAGUGAUAUCGAGGGUCGUUCGGAGUCCAAGGUGCGGGACUUCAAGGAACGCAUGGAGGCUGCCAUUGAAGAGCGAGAUCGUGCCGAAGAUGAAGCCAGCACUCAAGGCCGACGCCGUGCUCGCGAAGUGGAAGAACUCAAGAUCAAGGUUCGUGAAGCAGAGCGCGCUUUGCGCACCGCAGAACAGGACAAGGAGGAGCUUGAACAGUCUCAAAAGGACUGGCGCCGUCGCCGCGAUGAGCUCGAGUCAGUCGCUGAAAAGUCAUCCCAGGAGGUGGCCGAGAUUCGACAGGCUAUGGCCGGGCUACGCGACGCACUUGACGAAAGCGAAAAGCAGGUCCGUGAUCUCGAGAAGGAAAGAUCAGAGCUUCGCCGCUCAGUUGAAGAGACAAACAACCGGCUGGAGAAACUCCGGAGAUCUCACAAGACCCUUGGAGAGGACGUCCGUUUGCGUGGUUCACCGAGCGGUCGACAAUCCUCGCGGUCGUCCAUGGAUUCAGGCUCUCGGCGGGCCGUGGCAUCGCCUGGCAGAAGCGAGACCCCGGUGGGCCCACCCAGCAAUGCCUCUGUCGAUUACAUGUACUUGAAGAAUGUUCUUCUCCAGUUUUUGGAACAGAAGGACAAGGCCAACCAGAAGCAGCUAAUUCCUGUCCUUGGCAUGUUGCUCCAUUUCGACCGAACCGAUGAGCAAAAGUGGAUGUCGGCAAUCAUGUCCAAGUAA